AUGGCCGACUCCCAACACCUCCAAUCCACCACCGACGCCGGUAGCAACCUCCCUUUUGCAAUAAUUCAUCGUCUCCCCAAUUUCAAAUUCUCUCUCUCAUGGGCUCAAGAUAUCGUCAACCUAAUCGAACCUUCAGAUCCAUUAUACCCGAUCCACGGGCCAUCUGCUCGGGUCGCGAUCGACAUCGGUCCUAGCCCGAUCAAAUCGGAGCACUUGGACCAAUACCCUUCUGUAGAAUGCAUUAUUGGAACAUCCGCCGGCGUUGACCAUAUUGAUUUAGCUGAGUGUCGCCGCCGUAAUAUUCGCGUCACUAGCGCCGGUGAUGCCUUCUCUGAAGACGGAGCCGAUUAUGCUAUAGGGCUAUUGAUCGACGUCCUCCGACGUAUUUCUGCUUCCGAUAGGUAUGUUCGUGCCGGGUUGUGGCCCGAUAAAGGCGAUUAUCCCCUUGGAAACAAGUUAGGGGGAAAACGAGUCGGGAUUGUUGGGCUUGGAAAUAUCGGCAGCUUGGUGGCUAAACGGCUUGAGCCAUUUGGGUGCACCAUCGGCUACACCUCAAGAAUCAAGAAGCCACAAGUUCCCUAUCAGUUCUACUCCACAACUCUUGAUCUUGCAACCAACUCGGAUGCCCUAAUUGUCUGUUGCGCUUUGACUGAAAAAACACGCCACGUCAUCAACCACGAUGUCAUGAAAGCCCUUGGGAAGAGGGGCAUUAUCGUCAAUAUUGGACGUGGGGCCCUCGUGGACGAAAAGGAACUUGUCAAGUGUUUGGUUGGAAGCGAACUUGGAGGAGCCGGUCUGGAUGUGUUUGAGAAUGAACCUCAAAUGCCAAAAGAGUUGAUGACGAUGGACAACUUUGUUUUGUCUCCACAUGAAGCAAUUCUAACACCAGAGUCGUUUGAAGCAUUGAGAGAAUUGAUUAGAGAAAACUUGAAAGCAUUCUUUUCGAAUAAGCAGAUGUUGUGUGAGCUUAAUCUUAGUGGUUAA